CAGAUUUAUAAGGAAUAAAAAAUAAGAAAUCAAGACACUGAAUUUGUUAUAAUAUUUGAAAUCAAGCCACGGAGUUUAGUUUUAUUAUUUCUGAUGAUUGUUACGCUGGAAUAUUUCACAAUUGACUCUUGAAUUGGAAAUUAAUUACUUUUCACACCUGUAACCAACCAGGUAUAAAUAAUAAGAUAAGGAAUUGAAAUACAUUAUCGAGGCUAGACAACAGAGGGGACACAUGUAAUAGUUCAAAACGCAGCAGAACACAGCAGAAUAAACGGGUGGGGUGGACUGCAAAGAGUUGCCGCUGUUUAAGUAUAAGUACUUUCAGUAAUUACUCGGAAUGAAUGCUACAAACGUGAACAUAACUGCUAAAUAACAAUGAACAUGAAUGCAGCAAACUUAAAUGCAACUGACAUGAGUGCUACAAACAUUAACAAUACAGAAAUAAUUCACCCACAUAAUAUGCCUGAAGGAUUAAAGAUGUGUCAUUUGAUUAUUGAAAUGAUUGUGGCUAUAAUGACAGUGCUGCCAAAUGGUGUUGUGCUGCUUAGUUACACAAAAAGCAGAGCACUGCAGUCAGAGCGCUACAUUCUUCUGAUGAGCUUAAGCAUCUGUGAUUUUCUAGUAGGUCUACUCGCCCUUCCUGUCAGCUCUGUUUAUCAUUUCAUUCCGAUCAACUACAAUUAUAUAAAUGAACGCUAUCUGUGCACGGCUCGCACAUUCAUCGUUGUUGUUUUAGCAGGUGUCUCCAUCUUUCAUCUUGCCAUCGUAUCGCUGCUAAGAUUCAUAACAAUUCAAUGGCCAAUGCAGCAAGCUCGAUUCCUGACAUCCUUUACAUUGAAGGUGAUUGCUGUCAGUAUGUGGAUUUAUAUAAUCUUCAUCAGCUUUUUCAUGUUUCUCAAUAAGUUUAACAUCUGGACGCCUGCCACUGGUAACUGUCUUGUAUAUACUAUCAUAGUUCCUGGCUAUUACAAAAUCCUCCAGUGGCAUGUCAUUUUGUUUAUGUUGGUAUGCCUUGUGAGUUGUAUCAUGAUAGGAUACAUUGCAUGGAAACAGCAGAAAAAAAUCGCUCAAAUUAUUGUUCUCUCUGAUUCAAACAAGGAAAAGGUAAAAAUGGAGAAGAAGUAUACAAAGACAUUACUAUUGAUUGUUGGACUCUUCUUCAUUACCUAUCUCCCUUUCACUAUAUUUAGCUCCUUUCGACUUGAAAUAGAGUCUGUAUGGCUACAAAGUUUUGGACUAUUUAUUUCCAUGCUUACAUUGUGUAACAGUGCAAUGAAUCCAUGGGUCUACGCUCUACGGCACAAGACUUUUCGUCAUGCCAUGUUACGCACACUCAAGUGUGCUGGCAUUGACAAUGAAAUCGGCACAACAACAAGUGUUACAAAUGCUAACUAGAUUCAGGAGUCACAUCAUUAAGUAAAUGAACAGUCUUUUGUCGUGUAUUACCUCAUUGAAGGAGGGACUUAAAGGGACAUUCCUUUUUAUGAUAUGAUACUAUAAUCAUAUAUAUACUUUUCAUAUUUUGCAAAACAGGGAAAAUGUUUUAAUAUAGUCAAUAUUGAUCAUUUCAAAAUGUGGUGCUCAUUUCCAGCAGGCUGCCAUCUUUCAAGAUUUCACUCAGGA